AUGCUGUCUCGACUGAAUCAGACCCAAACCGUGUCGUGGACCACAUCAACAGCGGCGCGACAAAUGCCAAUCGCCCUCCGCACACAAUUGCGAAGCUACAGCGACAAGGCCACCAAUCCUCCAGUCGCUGCCCCUUCUCCUCCCCCGGCCCCCCGUCAGCCAACAGCCGGUGGUGACACGACCCCCUCCGCCAUCUCCUCCGCUACCCCCGGUAUCUCUCAGCCUCUGAGUACCCCGGAGGGAGUCCACACCGAUGCCAAUCCCACUGCUCCCGCGAAGCCAGUCAUCGAGCGUCCGCCCAGUAGCUGUCCCGCUGGCACGAAACUGAAUGGCCUGAACUACUUCAAGAACAAGCCGGAUAUUGUCGCGAAGGAGGACUCGGAGUAUCCCGACUGGUUGUGGGAUUUGCUCGGUGAUGCAAGCAAGCAAGCUAAGAAGGAUCAGGGCGGUGUCGAUCCUAGCAGUAUGUUCUUUCCUCCCUUUCUUCAAUGCUGCUCCUUUUUGGAUCUCUUCUUGUCCGGUGCUGAGACUAACGGUCGUCAUCUGAUUACAGCCCUGAACAAGAAACAACGGAAACGCUACGAGAAGAAGCUGGCCGCUCGUACAGGACCACUCGCUGCAAAGAUCCCCGCUCACCACCAGUCUUUCGAUAUCACACCUGCGCCUUACAAUCGCGACGGCUCCUCCCAGGACACAUUCGCCGAUGCGACGAGCGGUCUGGAUCAGCGACACGAGGUAACGAAGAGCGCUCGGGAGGCGCGACGAAAGGCGAUCAAGGAGUCCAACUUCCUUCGUGGAUUGUAA